UUUUUUUUUUUUUUAUCAUUAUGAAAAAAAAAUAAAAUAAAAUAACUACACUUUUUAUUUUCUUCUCUUUUAUAAUGUUACAAACGAAUUCAAUAAGUUCCGCCUUAAAUGAGAGUAUGAGUUCAACACUUGUUACGCCUGAGCAGUUAAAAACCUUUCUGACAGAAGCACCACUCAUGUAUAAGAAUAAGCUUCAUAAAGGCGCAAAAAAGCACAUUUUGACAAACUGCUAUCGUUCAUUAUGGAGCAAUGAUCUCGACUUGAUGCAAAAAUAUUUUUUUAAAGAAGGCCUUUCAGAUAGUGACAAUCUUUCUCAACUACUUGAAAAAUACAACUUGUUUGGUUCUGAGCAACAUGACCACGAAGACCAACAGUCUAAUCCUAACCUAAGCAUAAAUAAAGAUGAUGAACCAGAGUAUUGGGAAAGUCAAAGAGGAAAACAAUGUGGACAUUUAUUUAAAAAAGGUGAAAGUGUUUAUCGUUGCAGAAAUUGUGGUCUUGACGAUACAUGUGUCAUGUGUUCUAAAUGCUUUCAUUCAACAAACCACGAUGGUCAUGAUGUCAAGAUAUGGAUCAGUCGAGGUGCUGGUGGUUGUUGUGAUUGUGGCGAUCCUGAAGCAUGGAAAAUACCUUUAGAAUGCUCUAUUCAUUCUCUCAAUGCCGCUUCAAAGAUACCCGACUCUUCCAUGUCAGCGCAACAUCAACUUGAACCAUUGUCAUCAGUACCUCAAAGCAUCAUUCAUUCAGUACGUAAAACAAUCUCAGUUGUACUUGACUAUAUUUUAGAAACGUUUGCUACAUCACCUGAAGAUGUUAUUUCAGUUGGUACUACGGAAUCUAUCAAGCAAGAUUGUUAUCAUUCUCAUGAAGCUUUAGGUUUGCCAGUUAAUGCACCCAAUCAAACUUAUUCUUGCAUCUUGUGGAAUGACGAAAAGCAUUCAUUUGAUGCUGUUAUUAAUAUUGUCUGCGAAGCACUAGGCUGUACAAAAGAGGAAGCUGCGUAUUGUGCUGAAUGUGUGGACGAAUAUGGACGUCACAUUAUCAAAGAAUCUACUGACAUUGAUGAACUUAUUCGAAUUGCAGAUACGAUCAACUCUAUUAAUUUAGCUGUCACUAUUUGCUCCUCACAAAAGACAUUACGUGAAGAAAUUGCUGGUUUAUUGUUAGACUGGCUUAAAGACUUGACAGGUGGCCGAUACAAAUUCUUUAGUAAUGUGGAUAGUGGAAGCUGUAUUAUACGUGAUAUUAUCUGUGAAGUCCUUUCAGAAGAUUGGGUCCUUCGUCCUGAACUUGCUUGGCUAUCUAUUCGUUAUAGAAGAGAAAGAAUGCCUGAAGAUGAGAACGAUGAGUUUGAUUUAGAAAGCGCCGACACUGAUAUGGGCAAUGACGAGGGAAAUGAUGAUAUGGUAUUUAUUGAUGAUAUGGAAGAUAUAAAUGAAGAAGAUGUUCUCUUGGAUGAGGAUCAAAUCGAUCACUUUUUUAACCAUUUGAAUGAAGAAGGCUCAGAUGAUGGUGAUUAUGAGGAUGCUGAUGAAAUGCCUACUAUUUCUUUUCAAAUAGAGCAAAAUAAUGACAUGGAUACGGAUGAAGUAGAAGAUACAAAUCUAUCUACUCGUCAGCCUAUCUCUGUUGAAAAUACAACAAGAAGACGUCAAAGUGAUGUUCCAUCCACCAAUCAAACAGAUGCACAUAUCUUAUCUACAUCUCAUUCAUCUCAAGGUCGUUACAAUGAAGCUUUGAAAAGAAGAAGAUUAUCUUCAUCUUCUCAAUCUAAAGGUCAUAAAAGCCACAAGCCUCGUGAUAUCUUGGAUAUGGAAUGGAAUUUAGAAGCUUGGCUUGAAUACACGAAUAGAUUAGAAUCAGAAGAAAGAGAGUUGGCAGAAAAAUUAGGAAUUCCAAUUGAGAACGAGGAGGUUACUACGAGUCGCCAUAUGAAUACACAUCUGAAGAAAGAAUUUAAGCGUAAACUUCGUUUAGAUUAUCUUUUACAAUUUGACUUGCGUCUUUGGAAAACUGCUCGUGUAAGCAUCAAGGACUUACUUAUCGGUACCUUUAUUUCAAAUUUCCAAUAUAGGCCUAUUCUGGGUACUCGAUUUGCUCGUAACUAUCCAGAAUUAGUGGAUGCAUUCUUCUUUAAGGAUAGAGAACCUGAAAAUUCGAUAAGCACUCUAUCAGUUCAACUCUUGACUGUACCUACUGUAGCAUCCAUGCUUGUAAAAGAAUAUAAAUUCUUUGAAAUUGUUUGUACAAUUCUUGAAAAUUUCUUUUUGACAGAUCAUAUUUAUAUGACGCUUCCUGAAGAGUAUUCUCGAGCUCAAGUGGAUUGUUCAUCUAGAGCUAUUGGUCGUCAUCGAUAUGCGUAUACUAUUUUCGAUUUAAGAUAUGUCAUGAAUGCUGAACAAGUAAAAGCAGUUAUUUCCAAAAACCCUCUCUAUCUUCGUCAUUUUGUUGAUAUGCUGUAUCAAUUCCAAGAGAUGGAUCCACUUCUACGGAAGGCAGAUGCACAUGUUGAAUUUGAAUCUCAAUCCUGGGUAACAGCAUUUAACAUGACACUUCAAACUUCAAAAUUAUGUCGUCUCUUUGCUGGAUGUUUUGGAUCCUCAGAGAUGAAUGUUCAUGAAGCCUCUCGUAAUCUUUGUCGCUCUAUUUAUCGUGUCCUUAAAGAGAUUGUAGACUGGAAUCCUAUUCUGGUAUCACGUAAAGUUGAUGGUGAACCUAUUCCUGAUACAAGAAUCAAGAUUAAAGGUCUAAAGGAGCAACAAUUUCAUCAGAUUAAUACACCUAAUGCAGGUGUUUUUGAAAUUAUUGAUUAUGAUAUUACUAAAAAUCCAGUCUCAUUUCAUCAUCCCUUCCACUGGUUAUUGUCUGAACUCUUUGAAAACGUAUCCUUGUUACAUCCAGCUGUUUUAAAUGAGCUUGGUUGGUUAGGUGGCUUUAAACAGAUGGUGAAUAAUGCCUUUCAAGAUAAAAACCACGAUAUGUUUUUAAUGGUCCUUGAAUAUCCUAUCAGAACCAUUGCAUUACUUGCUCAAAUUAAUUGCGGUGUUUGGGUCAGAAACGGAUAUAAUAUUCGUAACCAGGCUCAUUCAUAUAGAGACGUUAAUGUAAGAGAAAGUACUCUAGAUUGUGAUAUUUACUUGCUUCAAGUGGGUCUUACUGUAUGUGAUAGUAAUCAAAUCCUAUUGACUCUGAUGGAUAGAUUCCAGCUUGUUGAAUGGUUUAGAGGAAAACCUGAUAAAUUGUCUACGUAUGAUGCAAAUCAAAUGAAUUAUAUGGUUGAAGAGUUUUUGAAUCUGUUAAUUAUUUGCGCUACUGAACAUGGAUACGCAUCAGGUACAUCCAUCGAACAACGUAUUGGACAAUCUAUUAUUCAAUUCCUCGGUAUAUCGAGUAUGGCCUAUUCGGAGUUACUCAAACUGAUCCCUGAAAGCCUUACAGAGCAUGAAUCCUUUGAAACUCAGCUUAACCAACUUGCUAACUUUAAGGCACCAGAUGGACUGAAUGAUAAAGGUUUAUAUGAACUCAAACCUGAAUAUAUUGAUGAAAUUGAACCUUAUUACUGGCAUUACACUCGUAACCAACGUGAAGAAGCCCAAAAUGUUCUUAAAAAGAGAUGGAACCAACUUCAUCCUGAUAACAAACUAAGUGAAAAAGAAGAAUUCUUAUUGAUUCCUAAAUCAAGACGUAUCGAAGUUGGGCCCUUUAGACAACUAGGACAAUUUUUACAUUCCCAUGUUCUUUGUCAGAUUAUUGCUUAUGCGCUUUGGGAUGCCAAGUUCCAUAAGGAAUCCAAGAGUGACACAAUGCUAGAUGAGGCUCUCUAUUUGGGUAUGCUUGCAGUGACAGAUCCCAACAGUUCUGCAAGUGAACUAGCUUUCAUGAAGGUGAAAGGUAAAAAUAGAGCGGAUGUAUACAUUGACGAGUCUACUACGAAGCACUUUGUUGAUUUUGCUGAAAGUGAUGAAUACUCUAUUCAAAUUAAUGAAAUUGAAAAAACACAUGCAUCUUUAUUACUUAUUUUAUUGCGUUGCUUGAAUGAUCCAGAACUCAGCCAUGCCCACAAGCGUUUGCAAUUCAUUGUUGACAAGAUUGAGUAUUUCGGUUCUCAAAAAUCUAAAGAGUUGAUUGCUGAUUGGAAGGAAAGAAAAUUGAUGGAAAGUAAAGUGAAGAUGGAACGUGAUGGUGGAAGCAGUACCUCUGAAUAUGAGAAAAAGAAAGCUGCUGCUAAAGCUCGACAAGCUGCUAUUAUGUCCCAGUUUGCAAAGGCACAAACACAGUUUAUGGAAAAACAUGCUAAUCUUUAUAAAGUUGAAGGAGAAGAAGAAGAAGAAGAAGCUGUACAAGAGAAUGAACCAGUAAAGGAUGAACUUGUCCCUGAAGAUGAUUUUGAAAUCGUUCGCAAAUGUCAUUUCCCUGCUGAUAGUUGUAUCGUUUGUCAAGAAGAACUAAAUGAUACUAAAUUAUUUGGCAUGCUUGGCUUAAUUCAACAAUCUAAUCUUCAUCGACUUACCCUUUUAAAUAAUAAAGAUGUAAUGGUUGAUGUUUUGGAAAGUAGCCAAAAUUCAAAUCCUUGGGCUACUACUACUACUACUAAAGAUGAUCAGUCUUCCUUUAUUGGUUUCCCUGCUGAUGCUCAUGUUUCUGGUUUGGAUAUUUCUUCAUGUGGCCAUUUGAUGCAUGCUGACUGUUUUGAAACAUAUCAAAAGUCAGUAGAGAAUCAGUUAUUAGGUGAAUUUGGUAGAAUGUUCCCAUUCUCUAUAUCACCUAAAAGUCGUUUCCUUUGUCCUCUUUGCAAAGCAUUGGGUAAUGUACUUGUUCCAGUUGUGUGGAAGGGGAAAAAGGAAUCAUUUCCAGGGGUCAUGGCUCCUUCAUCAGAUUAUGCUAAUUUAACGAAACAUAUGAAAGAUGCGGCAGCAAAGUUGCGAAAGAAUUUUGAACAUAUUCCUGGAUCCUUUGAUGAGGAAGUACCAUUUAUCAGUAAUGAUCCUAACUUGGUUAUCAGUGAUACAAACAAAUUAAGACACAUCUAUAACCAGCUUAUGAAGGUCAUGCAUGCGACUAUCGAAAGGAGACCCCUGGAACAUCCAUUAAAUUUACCUGACUCUCUAUUAAAUUUGUAUGACAUGUAUGCUUAUACAAUUGCUAAUUUUGAAAUCGCUCAACGAGGUACUGAAGGUACUCGAGCAAGGGAUCUUAUGGUUGAGCAUACUGGUACAUUUAUUGAUGAUGUUUCGAAUACAUCACAGAUGCUUCUCAAGAUCCUCGGCAUGACAAACACUCUUAUUCGAGAAUUGAUGAAUACGCCCUGGCAAGCAGAGGAUCGAUUUACAAGAGAAAGAUUAGCUUUACAAGCAAUCAAUCAAUUCAUGCCAAAGACAAUAACAUAUCUUGUUGAGGAUAUGAUUGAAGCAGAUAGUCUAAAACCACUCUUGGCAGAUGAUUCAUUUAGAGCUUUAGUGCGCAUGAGUUUUGUUAUCCAUGACGUACCAUCCGUUGAAAUUCAUCAUUUACUGCGAACUAUGUAUAUUGCAGAAUUAACCAAGACUAUUGUUGCCAUUGUUCAAAGUGUUUUAGAUGAUAAACGAUUAUUAAAGGAUACAAAGAUUACUCAGCUUCUACAAACACUCAAUCAACAACAGACAACAACAACAGCAACUACUACAGAUGUAAAGCAAUUUGUAACUUACAUUCUUGAAUCCUUUCAAAUUCCUCAAGCAUCCAUUGAGAAGUUCUUUGAUAUCAUACAACCUAGUGCCCUCUUAUCACUCAUCCGUACCUUCCUCCUUCCCUUUUUACGUAAAUCCUUAUUAUUUAUGGUUGUCUGUCAUGGGUUUAUUCCACAAAAUCCUCCAGAGAAUAUGGAUGAAGGGAAACAAGAAUUUGAAAAUCUGUUAGAUAUUUUGAGGUUACCAGGAUUGAAUACCGUUUUUGAUUUGCAACCAUUUGAACAAGAUCUAAUUAAAGGAUGGUGUGAUGAUUAUUUGAAUCAUUCAGCACAACAACGACAACUUCAAAAGCCGAUAUUAUCUAUCUCACUUAACUUGCCUACUCAGUAUAAAAUGACGACAUUACCUUAUCGCUUAGAUGAGUUACUAGACGAGAGUUCAAAACGAGUAUGUAGGAAAUGCAAGACGGUACCUGAACAUUCUGCUAUCUGCUUAAUUUGUGGAACAUUUGUCUGUGCUCGUAGAUUUUGUUGCACUGAAGGUAGUAAAGGAGAAUGUAACACACAUAUGAAAAGUUGUGGAGGUGAAAUUGGUAUUUAUUUGAUGAUUAAGGAUUGCUUCCUUUUGUUAUUGCAUGAUAAUGGAGGAAGUAUUAUGAAUGCACCUUAUCUUGAUAGUCAUGGUGAAGCAGAUAUUUUCUUUAAACGAGGAGCUCCACAAUAUCUCAAUAUGAAACGAUAUGAACAAAUUAGACAAAUGUGGUUAACUCAUUCCAUACCAUCAUUUGUAAGAAGAAGGAUGGAAGUGGCUUAUAGUGCGACUAUUUGGGAAGCAUUUUAAAAUUAUAUAAAUAUUUAUGUAUAUCUUGUGCACUUUAUUAAAAAAGAAAAAAAAAAAGAAAAA